UCCUCUUUCGAGUGAAGCAAUUCUAAAUGUGUCAUCAUCAGCCUCGCCCAGUUAUUUGUGCAAGUCAGGCCUUAUUGAAUAGUCAUUCAAGACAUUGCCUUAUUUAUUUAGAACACUCGGGAAAAUUACUGAAUUUCAAAAAUAUGGCGCAAGGUUCGGCACGCCCACAAUUAGAGGACGUUCUCGAAUGCACAAUCUGCCUGGACGUUCCUGCCUCUCCCAUCCAUAAUUGUGCCAAUGGCCACAUAAUUUGUGGCAUCUGCGUAGACAAAAUUACAAAAUGUGGUCAGUGUCAAGAUGUCAAUUUUCAAAUAUCUAUCGUAACAGAGCGACUAUCUCGCCAGCUUGAUUUUAAAAUCAAAUGUCCCAAUUUUGAGUCUGGUUGUGUUCGACCAAUUUCGGCAGCGGAAAUGAAACCUCAUCUUGCUAAGUGUUAUUACCGCGAUAUAGAAUGUGAAAACCGGAAUGAAAAUAUAUCUGACAAAGUAAAGGUUCCAUUAAAAGAAUACGGGAAUCAUUUAGUAGAGCAUCACGAGUGUGUCCGGAGUACAAAAUUUUUCCAUGUUUUGCCCUACAAACUCUAUGAUAAUCUCCCAUUUCACCCUGUAAUGUUCUCACAAGAUGGGAAUACUUUUCUCCUCAACGGCCACACAGAUAGCAAUCAAUUAGUCUAUUUCUGGGUAACGGUAUUAGGAGAUAUUGAGGACGCAGAAAAGUAUUUGUAUCAGCUGGUCAUUUCGAAAACAAUCGAACGGGAUAGGAAGAUAAAGACGUCGACUACGAUGCCCGUCCUUGCGUAUCACGACCGGCCAAAAUAUAUUCCAGGUUUACCAUUCUAUGUGGCUCUUCCAGCACAAACUUUGAUGGAGUUUUGCAUUCCGCUCAAAGCUGAAGGGUACCCAUAUGAGCAUAAAUUUGAUUGUGAAGUUUAUUUGAAAAAAGAUACAGUUCCGACCUGAUUCAACUGCGCAUUUGGGCAGAAACUUAUGACUCUACUGUGUACAAGAAACAAUAAACCAGAAGUAACAUUUUCCAAAACAAA